CAAAAAAAACACACCCAAAUAACUGACAGAUACUCACAGAUUCAUUCCAGUAAUAAUUAACACAAAAAACCAUGUCAACCCAAACCAGCAAACUUGACCCACCACCAUCACCUGCUGACAUUCCACCACCAUCCACCACUGAACGCCGUCCACUUUUAAAAAAGUCAAGAACCAUCUCCACCGAUCCCACAACUCACUUCCCCGGUCCACUCUUCCCCACCGUCCGCCACCGCCUCUCCGAUGACUUCCCACCACUACCACCUAUCACACUUCCAUCUCCUUCGUCAUCAUCAUUCACUUGGUCUCCCCGUCGAUCAUUUGACUCAUCUGACACCUCUAGCACAACAACAACCAAUAGUGACACUUUCCCAGGUCAAACAUUUGGGUUUGCUGACCGUGAUUAUGUUUAUCCAUCUUUUUUGGGUCCGAAUACUACUAGGAACCGGGUCACUGUUGUUAAAAGUAGUUCUGUUGCUAAGUCUUUGAGAAAACAACCGCCUGUUUCGGAUACGGGUCUGGUUCGGGUGAGUAAAAAUGAUCUUGGUUCGGUUAGUGGAAGUCAAACGGGGAAAGAUUCAGGUCGUUUGGAUUCGGGUAAUGUGAAUAGUUCAUUGGUAGCUGAAUCGGAGAGACUAGUUAAUAAAGCUCCAGCUCAAGUUCAAGUUUCUUCAACAACGCCUAUUCGGAAAAUGGCUAAGAUCAAGAACUCAGUGAUGUUUAACAUGGUGGUGGUUAUAUGUGUAGUAGUAGUGUCUUAUGCAAUUGCAUUGCGGAAUGAAGUUACAAAGCUUCAGGAAGAGAAUAACAAUCUUCAUAGAAUUUGUAAGAAUAAGGACAUUCUUGAUGGUGAAAGUAUUGACAUGAAUAAUGAGAAUGAAGAUUCCUUUGUGUAUAUUGCCAAUACUGACAGUCGAACAAUUGCCCUUUACGCUGUUUUGGUCACCCUUGUUACACCUUUUGUAAUGUAUAAAUAUCUCGAUGAUCUGCCUCGGAUUAAGAAUAUAUCAAAACGGACUAAGAACAACGUAGAAGAGGUUCCACUAAAGAAGAGAAUUGCAUAUAUGGUGGAUGUGUGCUUUUCUAUCUAUCCUUAUGCAAAGUUGCUUGCACUUUUAUUUGCAACUAUAUUUCUCAUAGCAUUUGGUGGUUUGGCUCUAUAUGCUGUCAAUGAUGGUAGCCUAGCCGAAGCCCUUUGGCUUUCGUGGACAUUUGUGGCAGAUUCAGGAAACCAUGCAGAUAGCGUUGGAACUGGACCAAGAAUUGUGUCGGUGUCUAUAAGUGCAGGAGGUAUGCUGAUAUUUGCAAUGAUGCUAGGACUUGUUUCAGAUGCUAUUUCAGAGAAGGUAGAUUCAUUGCGGAAAGGGAAAAGUGAAGUGAUUGAAAGCAACCAUAUACUCGUUCUUGGAUGGAGUGACAAAUUGGGUUCACUUUUAAAGCAACUGGCAAUAGCAAAUAAGAGCAUUGGUGGCGGGGUGGUUGUUGUUUUGGCAGAAAGAGAUAAAGAGGAAAUGGAGAUGGAUAUAGCAAAGCUUGAAUUCAGCUUCAUGGGCACUUCAGUUAUAUGCCGAAGUGGCAGUCCUCUUAUACUUGCAGACUUGAAAAAGGUUUCGGUUUCAAAGGCACGUGCUAUUAUUGUACUGGCAGCAGAUGAAAAUGCAGAUCAGAGUGAUGCACGUGCCUUGCGGGUUGUUCUUAGUCUUACUGGAGUAAAAGAGGGGCUGAGGGGUCAUGUUGUUGUGGAGAUGAGUGAUCUUGACAACGAGCCUUUAGUGAAGCUUGUCGGUGGAGAGCUAAUCGAGACAGUGGUUGCACAUGAUGUGAUUGGACGGUUGAUGAUCCAGUGUGCUCUGCAGCCUGGCCUUGCACAGAUAUGGGAAGAUAUCUUGGGGUUUGAAAAUGCAGAGUUCUAUAUUAAAAGGUGGCCACAAUUGGAUGGAUUGAAAUUUGAAGACAUACUCGUUUCCUUUCCUGACGCAAUUCCUUGCGGAGUAAAGGUUGCUUCAGAUGGAGGAAAGAUAAAUAUAAAUCCUAAUGAUGACUAUUUAUUGAAAGAAGGCGAUGAAAUUCUUGUCAUAGCUGAGGAUGAUGACACAUAUUCCCCUGGCCCUUUACCAGAGGUACGCAGGGGUCUCUUCCCCAAAAAGGUAGACCCUCCUAAAUUUCCAGAAAAGAUACUAUUUUGUGGUUGGCGACGUGAUAUUGAUGAUAUGAUUAUGGUUUUGGAGGCAUUCUUGGCACCUGGUUCAGAGUUAUGGAUGUUUAAUGAGGUGGUGGAAAAGGAAAGAGAAAGAAAGUUAGUGGAUGGAGGGCUUGAUAUUUCAGGUCUGGUUAACAUUAAGCUUGUCCACCGUGUUGGGAAUGCAGUCAUCAAAAAACAUUUGGAGACUUUACCUUUGGAGACAUUUGAUUCUAUUCUAAUUCUUGCAGAUGAAUCUGUAGAAGACUCAAUUGUGCAUUCUGACUCGAGAUCUCUAGCCACCCUCCUCCUUAUCCGAGACAUUCAGUCAAAACGUCUGCCGUCUAAAGACACAAGCUCAACACCUCUUCGUGUUUCUGGUUUCUCUCAUAGCUCUUGGAUUCGUGAGAUGCAGCAGGCUUCCAACAAAUCAAUCAUAAUAAGUGAAAUUUUGGAUUCUAGGACUAGGAACCUUGUUUCAGUAACCAAGAUAAGUGAUUACGUGCUAUCAAAUGAGCUUGUGAGCAUGGCUUUAGCGAUGGUAGCUGAAGAUAAACAGAUAAAUCGUGUUCUUGAAGAACUUUUUGCAGAAGAGGGAAACGAGAUGUGUAUUAAACCUGCAGAAUUUUAUCUUUAUGAUCAAGAAGAACUCUGCUUUUAUGAUAUUAUGGUCAGGGGUCGAGAAAGGAAUGAAAUUGUCAUAGGGUAUAGGUUGGCAACUGCAGAGCGUGCUAUAAUCAAUCCUGUAGACAAGAGUAAGCUUGUUAAGUGGUCUCUUGAUGACGUUUUUGUUGUCAUUGCAUUGGGUGAAUGAGAACUCGCAUCAACUAAUGUGAUUCACAUAGCAUAGUAAAUACUCAUCAGAAAGACAGAAAGCAUCAGAAAAUGACAAUACUUUAUGCGAUUAGCCAUGUUUUGAGUUGCUAAUUCAAGUAAUUACUAAUGUGCAAUUGACUUGGCAUCAGAAAGUGCCACAAUCACUCAAAACGAAUUGUUAGCAGUUAAAAGGAGCAGAUGUAAAUUUGAGCAAAUUCAUAUGCUACUAAUGUGGUGUAUGUUGUACAGAUGUGAGUGUUCAUUGCAGGUGAAGAAAUAGUACAUUCAAAUGUUUAUUAUUUUGUUUUUCAUAGUAUGGUGUUGUUCAAAUGUUGUCCAACAUGAGCUACAAAUUGGUCUUGUAUAGAGCUAAUGUAACAUUCUCAAACUAGUUUCGUGUCGCUGGUAUUAAUCGAGUCUCUUGAUACUUCUGGUGGUUUUA